UGUGAUCCUAUCCAUAGUCAGAUAUGAAAAUGGCAUACAAAGCUGCUGCUGCUGCUUCUUCUUCUUCUUUCAUGAUCAUAUGCUACUUGUUCGUGAUUUGGCUCAUCUUCAACCAACCAGUCAUGUCUGCCCGGAUACUAGCUUCCACGCCUAGCAAUAAGCCAAGUAAGAUUGGAGUACAUGGAAAUCCCUCACCUAUAUCCCAUUCUUCAACUGGCCAAAGUUCUCCUACCUCAGUCGCGGUGGCUAACGCCUCUUUUGCUGGAAGCAUGACUGUAUAUUCCAAUGAGUGCAUCCGUGAAGCUAAGCGAGGCCACCCUUGUCUGGUGAACUCACCGCCACCACCAACACUGACCAUGAACGGCUCUGCAGGGAUGAAUGUAACUGCUCCUUCUUGCACCAGCAAACCUUGUUAGUUCUCCGGGAACCCCACCACAUGUAAACAGUAAAGCCUCAGGUUUGUUA